AUUUGCCAGCCGCAGAAGGUUCAUCUUCUUUUUAAAGUGUUUAUGUAUUUCAACAUAUAUUUCGGAAUUCAGAAGAAAAAGAUGGCGCUAAGGUGCGCAGAGUCCUGCGCACGGUGGAGGGUUCUGCGCACAGCGCAAGUCGGAACAGCGUCACAACGUCGCAGUCAGCGGCCGGUGGCAAUCAGCAGAUCAUAAUGCCAAAAACCAGAACGAGAACUGUUGCUCAUUGCUCAGUAUUCAGUUGGACAAUUACUGUCUGGCGUAGUGCGGAUUUGAUAUUGUUCAGUUGUUGAUAGCCACUAUAGUCACAAAUUUUAUUUAAUAAAUAACAGUAAUCAUGGAUCCAUCUUUGCUCAGAGAACAUGAAGCUUUCAAGAAAAGAGCAGCUGCAACUCCAACUAUCGAAAAAAAGAAAAGAGAUCCUGAGAAGGAAGUUGUACGAGAUGAACCACCAAAAAAGAAACCGAAACCGCCACCAGUAUCAUCAGGGCCAAAGAUGGAAAUCCCCAAUUACAAAACUAUAUCUGGUAGCUCAAAUGUCAGAUUUGGUAUUUUAACAAAAAUUGUACAACACAUGAAAGCAAGACAUCAAGAUGGAGACGACCAUCCACUAACACUUGAUGAAAUCCUUGACGAAACGAAUCAACUUGACAUUGGUUCAAGAAAUAAACAAUGGCUGUUAGUUGAAGCUUUACCUCAAAAUCCAAAAAUAGAAGUAACCGUGGAAGGAAAAUAUAUUUUUAAAGCACAGUAUAAAAUAAAAGACAAAAAAUCACUUCUUAGGUUAUUAAAACAACAUGAUUUGAAAGGUUUGGGAGGAAUUAUGUUGGAAGAUAUUCAAGAAAGUCUUCCUCAUUCUGAAAGGCAUUUGAAGAAUCUUCAAAAUGAAAUACUCUACAUAACAAGGGCACAAGACAAAAAAAAAAUUGUUUUCUAUAACGAUAAAACUGCUCAAAUUCCGAUAGAUGAAGAAUUUCAGAAGUUUUGGAGAGCAGUUGCUGUAGAUGCGAUGGAUGAUGCUAAAAUUGAUGAAUACUUAGAAAAACAAGGAAUCAGAUCAAUGCAGGAUCAUGGUGUUAAAAAGCUAGCACCAAUCAAGAGGAAGAAGCCUAAUCAUAAAAAGAAACAGUUUAAGAAGCCAAGGGACAAUGAACAUUUGGCUGAUGUGUUAGAGAACUAUGAUGAUAAUAAGUGAAUUUUUUUAUUAUAUACAAAAUAUAAGUGUUUUAUAAUUCAAUAGAAUAAAAAGUGAGAACAAUUAUACUUUCGGAUUUCUAUCAAGACAAUCAUGAGUGCAUAGUGUAUCAAUUGAGUUGUAAAAAAUAUGCAUAUAAAGUACAGAAUCAUGAAUGACAAGAUUAAUAUUAUCAGAUAUGCUCAGAAGUAUUGACUAUGCAUUGAUUAUACUUCUUUUUCUGAAGGGUUGUACACUAAUAACUACAUGUAAUCAUUUUUUUGUAAAUGUUUUGCGACAACCUACGAUAUUGUAAAUUUUUUGAUGAUUCAAUUACACAUUAUAGUUUGAAACAUUUAAUUGAAGAUUUUUCAGAUGAAUGUUAAUUUAUAAAGUAUCGUGUAAAUAUCGUACAAAUAGAUUUCAAAUAAAACCUAUUUUUGUUUUUAUA